CCGAACGCUUUUUCGCAACUGCGUAUCUUGUGCAGCGGUUCGAGGAAGUAAAAUCUUCCGCCUUCAGUUAUUUCGAUCGGUGUACGAAUACUUCUGACUCGCCCUUUUUGCAAAUUUCGGAUGUUCCAACUGUAUCGGUGGCGUGCUCUAGUAGAUUGAAAAUUUGUUAGAAAUGUUUUGAUUUUCUUGCAAAUCUUCUUGGAAUGGGAAAAUCUUGUGGUACCAAGCGAAUGUAUUGUUUUUGUUGACCAGCGUCGAGUUGCAGGAGUGCAAAAGAUAGGCAUUUUUCCCAUGGGAUCUUGUAUUCUACGAGUGUUGUGUGCCAACGUUGAGCAACACUUGAACGGUCCCGUUUUGUAAGAUUUACGGUGCAAGAACAUAACAAAAUAAAAGUGCGAAAGAUUGAAAAUCCCAUAGUAGGUGUAGGCUACGAACAUAUCAACCCCAAAAAAGUGCAGCGUGUCAUAUCAUCUGCGUAUGCAUCACUGAGUCCAUCGUACAAACCGCGUGUGUGUGCUUUGUGUUGUGCGUUCCGCGUGUUGCAUGUUGACGUGAAAAUGUCCUACCGGAUUCUACGCAAACUGCAGGGCAAUGAGCUGGAGAUAAAAGAACAGAUCGAUGAGGUGUCCGAUGGGGGCGAUGCUGAUUACGACACCAACAGCACCAGCAGCCAGAACCGCAACAACAACAAGAAGCAGCUGAACAUUAAUCGAUAUGAUCUGCUCAAUCAGCAACAGUCGCUCUCCGAGAGCGAAGUGAAGGAAGACGACAACGACGAGACGGAGAAGGAUGCGGCGGACGGUGCAGUAAGUGUGCAUCUGGCCGAGGCAAAGAAGCGAAAGAAAAAGAAGAAGAAGAAGACGGGCAAGUACAUCUCGAGCUCGGCAAGGCGCAGCAGCGAGGAUAAUGCCGACAUCGAGGAUGACUUUACGCGUACGGUGAAGGAGGUGGACAAGUUGUUUGGCACAUGUCCCCGCGAUGCCGAACAGCACCACCACCAUCAUCACCAUCGAGCGGCCGAAAGCGCCACGAGUAUGGGUCGGUUCGAGGGAAAGCUGGGCCCGGCCGCUGGACUUGCCGCAAAGUCGCUGCUGAACGUGCAGCACAAAAACCUCAACCCGCAGUACGAGAUGAAGCGUAUGUUUGGAAGCAAGGUCGUCGGUGAUCAACAAAAUAAACGUCGCAAUGUGAGAGGUGGCGCUAGAAUGCUCAAGUCGACCUAUCUGGUCAACCCGAAGGAUAGCUGGCCACCGGUCGGAAAGUCGGGCAUCUACAUGAAUCUGGUGCAAGCACCGGAGCCGGGUUCUUCAACAUCUGCUAGCGGACCGAAGGCAAUCUUCGACAAGAACGUGAUCUAUUUUGCAUUUGAGCACAGUCCCUCCUACCGACAGAUACAGCAAAAGUUUCUCGACGCCGUGGAAAGCAUGGACUCGGAGAACAUCAUACGGAUCAUAAAGCAGCAUCCCUAUCACGUCGACUCAUUGAUUCAACUGAGCGAGCUAUGCAAGAUGUCCGAGGACCACGCAAUGGCCUCCGAGCUGAUUGAGCACGCACUGCUCGCACUCGAAUCAUCGUUCCACACAAUGUUCAGCCUAACGCAGGGCAACUGCCGGCUGGACUAUCGGCGACAGGAGAAUCGGGCGCUUUUUAUCACACUCUUUAAGCACUCCCAGCACCUGGAAUCACGAGCCUGCUCGCGGACGGCGCUCGAAGUCGCUAAAUUGAUCCUCUCGUUCGAUCCGGUAAACGAUCCAUUGGCCAUCAUACUGAUCGUCGAUUAUUAUGCGAUUCGCGCCAAGCAGUACGAGUGGCUCGUGACGCUUUACGAGGAAUGGGAAGCGACGAACAACCUAUCCCAGUUGCCGAACAUGGCUUACUCGUACGCGAUGGCGUUGUUUCAUCUGAAUCGCACAGACGAGGCCGAUAAGGCGCUACAGUACGCGUUGCUCAUGUUCCCCGGUGUGCUGCGUCCGCUGAUGGAUGAGCUAUCGAUUCAGGCCGAUAGCCGUGUCGCUGGUCAUAACCAUUUCGGACCGAACGCUUACAACAAGGCAUUGGUGGCGCUGCAGCAGCUAAUGUCGCUGUAUGUCUGUCGCUCGAAGCUGGUGUGGCGCGACACGGAGCUGCUUCCGUGGUUGGACCGGAAUGUGCACGAAGUGCUGAAUCGAGUUGAUAACAAAGAAGACGUUGUGGCCGAAUAUGCAACCAAGAGAAGUCAAAGAUAUUCGAACCCGCCGAGGCAAGUGCUACGUCAUAUCGUGCUCUCGGAUUUCAAGGAGAAGGUUCCAUUGGCACAGUUUAUCAAACGAGAGACAGAUCCGGUGUUGAUGUAUGAUCCACUGCCCCCGCUUGAUUCGAUCAACAUUUACACUAGGCCCACACUGACCCCAACCGGACAGCGGCAAUCAAACGACCCGCUGCAUCUCUUCUUUCAAUCGUUACUGCCCAGCUUCAGUGCUCAACCGCAGCCUCCACAACCUCCACCGGCUCCUCAGCAGCAACAGCCGGCAAACGUGGUACAAAACCAAGCCCCGGAAGGCCAACAAGCAGGAGCUGGUGCUGCGGCGGCAGGUGCUGGUGGAACCGAGCGAGAUUUAAUGAGCCUGCAGGCUUACAGCAGUACCCUGAACACGAUCGUCGAUGCGAUGCGUGAGUUUCUGUCCGGCAUCCGAGCGCUCGAGCGACCGAACGAUGCGGAUGUGGACGAAGCGGAAAGCACGGAAGAGGAUGAGCCAAAUGACUAUCUGACGUAAGCAUGUCGAACGAUUUCGCUAAAAGGCACAUGGCACAGAUGAAAUAAUUAGCCAUCAUGGGAUACUUUUACGAUAAUUCCCCUUAUUACAUAGAGAAACCCCCGAGAGGAAAGGGGAGGAAAAAAAGAGUAACAGAAAAUUCAAAUAUCACUGCUUCAGAUUUGCUGCUAAACCUACAAUCUAAUCUAAUUCAAAAAGAAAUCCGCGCUGUGGACUGGCAACAGCCGAUAAAGUUAGUCACUAGGGUAUAGUUUGAUACUAUAAUGUAUGUUUUCGUUAGCUGUUACUACUUUCUGAGCUUUUGUUUGAAUUUCGGCUUCAUAAUUAGGUGUUUCGAACCGAUAAUGUUUUUGAUUGCUUCUUUACUAUAUAAAAUAUACGAAAUGAGAAUUCUUU